CGAGUUGUAGAGUUGUAAAGAGGAAGUCGGUUCCUCUUUUGCAUAGUGAGCUCCAUUUACUAUCCUUCUACAAAGUGUGCACGCGGCUUCUCGCUUCUUCUUCAGCUUGCCUCUCGAGCGAACACGAACACGAACACAUCGGAGUCUCCAAAAUAGACGCAUUAAGCAAGGUCAUAGAGUCUGCAUUGGAGAACUCCGGUUGGUGUGUGUUUUGUGUAAAGCUUUGCCAUGGUUCUGUCUGUGCUGCAAGGCUUUGGGAAGAAGCUGCUGCGUGUGAAAGCUGUGGAUUGCAGCACUGAGGACUCACGCCUGUCACGAUGUCUCAACACGUUUGACUUGGUGGCUCUGGGUGUGGGCAGUACCCUCGGCGCUGGCGUGUACGUGUUAGCAGGUGCCGUAGCUCGGGACAAUGCAGGCCCUGCCAUCGUGCUCUCGUUCCUGAUCGCUGCUCUGGCCUCGGUCAUGGCUGGUCUAUGUUAUGCCGAGUUUGGCGCACGGGUGCCCAGGACAGGGUCUGCGUAUCUGUACAGCUACGUGACUGUAGGAGAAUUGUGGGCCUUCAUUACCGGUUGGAACCUCAUCCUGUCAUACAUCAUAGGGACAUCCAGUGUAGCCCGAGCCUGGAGCGCUACAUUUGAUGAGCUCAUAGGGAAACAAAUCGAGACGUUCUGCAAGAGCCACAUGAGUAUAAACGCCCCGGGGAUUUUAGCUGAGUACCCAGACAUAUUUGCUGUGGUCAUCAUCCUCAUUCUAACUGGGUUGCUGGCAUUUGGAGUGAAGGAGUCUGCGAUGGUGAAUAAAGUGUUUACUUGCAUCAACGUGCUGGUGCUGCUAUUCGUCGUGAUUGCAGGGCUGAUCAAAGGAUCUCUCAAAAACUGGAACCUGAAUCCAGCAGAGAUUUUAAACAAAACAACGAGUGCAAAUGAAACCUUGAUACUGCCUUCACCUGCCAGUUUGGGAGACGGAGGCUUUAUGCCAUUUGGCAUCAGCGGGGUUCUCUCAGGCGCUGCUACCUGCUUUUAUGCUUUUGUCGGUUUUGAUUGUAUCGCUACUACAGGAGAGGAGGUGAAGAACCCACAGAGGGCCAUCCCUAUUGGCAUUGUGUCGUCGCUGCUCAUCUGCUUCGUGGCCUAUUUCGGCGUGUCUGCAGCUCUUACUGUAAUGAUGCCCUAUUACCUGUUAGAUAAAAACAGCCCACUCCCUGUGGCCUUUAAGUACGUGGGCUGGGACGGUGCUACGUAUGCUGUGGCAGUGGGAUCGCUCUGCGCCCUCUCCACCAGUCUACUAGGCUCCAUGUUUCCAAUGCCCAGAGUUAUAUGGGCCAUGGCUGAGGACGGGCUGCUCUUUAAGUUCUUGGCAAAGAUCAACGAAAAAUCCAAAACCCCCGUUAUAGCCACUAUAACCUCAGGCGUUGUGGCAGCUGUGAUGGCUUUCCUGCUUGAUCUGAAGGAUUUGGUGGAUCUCAUGUCUAUUGGGACGCUGCUGGCUUACACCCUAGUGGCUGCUUGCGUCUUGGUUUUGAGGUAUCAGCCGGAGCAGCCCAGUGUGAACGUGCAGUAUCAGAUCGCCAGGUCUCAGGAUGAAGCCGAGCCCGACUCCAUUAGUGAAGGCAGCUCAAAUUACCUCACUAAAGCUCAAGACGAGUGCACGCUCAAGAACCUGCUUUUCCCUAAAUACACAGAUCCCUCACAACUGUCUGGCUUCACUGUCAACAUCUGCACCGGUGUAAUAGGUGUGUUGGUGUGUGUUUUCUGUAUUGUAGCAGUACAGGGUGCCUUUCAGGUCUGGUGUCUGUCUUUGUUGGGAGUUCUUGCUGUAGUAUGUCUCCUCUUCACUCUGGUAAUCUGGCGGCAACCUGAGAGCAAAACCAAGCUAUCCUUUAAGGUUCCUCUGCUCCCUUUCCUGCCUGUGCUCAGUAUGUUCAUUAAUGUCUACCUGAUGAUGCAGUUGGACAAAGGCACCUGGAUGCGUUUUGCCAUCUGGAUGGCAAUCGGCUUCAUCAUUUACUUUGCCUACGGGAUCAGAAACAGCACAGAAGCCAUGUUGUCCAGUAAUGGCACAGAAGAUGACAACUCAUCAGAAUCAGGCAAAGCAGUAUGUGAAAUAAAUGGACCUGCAACCCCAGAGAAAGAGGCCUUUCUCACCCAUCAUGUUAAUGCAAACGAGGAGGAGGAGGACAGUGACUCCUAAUGCCUUCUGAUCUUCGAUUUGUAAAGAAAUGAACGGAUAGCUCGGCUAUUCGCAUACAGCCGAUUACAGACUUGUCAUUUUGCGAUGCCGGGUUUAGAGCAUUCGUAGAAUCGGGGACCUAUCGGUCAUAUUCAUGAGUUUUACUGUGAUCAGUACUAGCCUUGCGUGUCAUAGUCUAGGAUUCUUUCAGUACUCAUGAGUGCAGAAGAACUGGGUGCUAUUUUGUCUGCCAAAUUGCCAAAUUGUUUUCCUUGGUUAACUCAUGAAAUGUUUUAAAUCAUGUAUAUUGCUGAACACGUCGUUCAUGAGGUUAUCUUUUGUAUGUAUUGCUCGGUCCUGGGUGUGUAUAUGGGCUUGCGCUAUCAGAGGAGACACUCUGGUUAUUACCACACCAAUAUUUUGUUUUUCCCUCAACAGCUAAGUAUGACAUUGCACUUCUUUAUCUUUGAAUGUGUCUUCACUAUGCCUUCAGCUGGUGUGCCAUGGAUUCGAGCGUAAAGUAGUUCUCGGCACAUCAGAUGGCUUUUCCUGAGGGAAAAUGGAGAUGAUUUAUUUAUGAUCUCUUCUGUGCAAAUCCAGGGAGGUUUUUAUUAAUUUCUUUUAUAAACAGCUAGCAUUAUAUGAAAGAAGCAGUAAAGAUGGUAGAAAUCGGGAGAAUGUAGGAAAAUUUGCAUUGAGUGUUUUGAUCAAACUUUCUACGGGGUUAUGGGUGGUAUUGUUCUGUAAAUAUAAACUGCUAAUAAUGGGUAAGAAUUGCAGUGCCUUUGCUAUACGUCAUUUUUUUUCUUAAUGUUUGUGUGCUUUUUCAUCGUUUUGUAUCGUCAUGUAAAGGUUUGGGGAUUAAUGUAUUAUUUAUGCUGCAUCCUACAUUUACUUCAGUUGAGCCACCUUCUUGUUCUGUAUAUUCCGGCAAAAAAAAACAUUCACACUAAGCGCUCUCUCUCUCUCGCUCUCGCUCUCGCUCUCGCUCUCGCUCUCUCUCUCUCUCUCGCUCUCUCUCUCUCUCUAUCUCUCUCUCUCUCUCUCUCUCUCUCUCUCUCUCUCUCUCUCUCUCUC